AUGCAAGAGUACGACUAUUCAGACAUCACGCCGUUGCCCAUCCAGACAGGCCUGCAGGAUGAACUGUGCCAGAUCAUGUACACAGAUGAGUACAAGCAGUUGAUGGGGCUGGCAAGGGCCAUGCUCAGCGCCAACGAACUGUCUCCAAGGGCCCUACAGUUGACGUCUCGGAUCAUCGAUGUCGCGCCAGCUUUCUACACCAUGUGGAACUACAGAUUCAACAUCAUCAGGCAUAACGUGGCCGGAUGCGACGACGCCGUCUCGUACUUAAACAAAGAGCUGGACUGGUUGGACGAGGUCACUUUGAACAACCCAAAGAACUACCAGAUAUGGUCUUAUAGACAGUCUCUUCUAAAAUUGCAUCCCUCUCCCUCUUUCAAAAGAGAACUGCCAGUUUUAAAGCUCAUGAUCGAUGACGACUCCAAGAACUACCACGUUUGGUCGUACAGGAAGUGGUGCUGUCUGUUCUUCAGCGAUUUCCAACACGAACUUGCGUACACCAACGAUCUCAUCGAUGCAGACAUCUACAACAACAGCGCAUGGACUCACAGAAUGUUCUACUGGACGAAUGCCAAAGGCGUGGCCUCAGAAGUGGAGCUGGCUGACGAGCUGCAAUUCGUCUUGGACAAGAUACAACUGGUCCCACAGAACAUCAGUUCGUGGACGUAUUUGCGCGGGUUCCAAGAACUCGCCCAUGAUGCUGGUCAAUGGAACGACAAAUUGGUCCAGUUCGCCACAUCGUUCAUUGCGAACGUUUUCUCACUGCCGGUCAAUUCACCACAGGAUCUACCCGAAAUUGAGUCCUCGUAUGCUCUGGAGUUCUUGGCACACCGUUGGAGCGUGGACUCAUCGACUCGAGAGAACGCCAUAAGAGCCUACAACUUGCUUGCAACUAAGUACGAUCCCAUCAGGAAGAACUUGUGGCAACAUAAGCUAAAAAAUCUGAACUGA